AUGAGUUUCCAUAAGGCCGCAGGACUUCUACAAAGGGGGCAGAAACGUUUGAUAGUACCUAAUCAUCAACGGCUCGUAUGGAGAAGGCAGUCUACUUUUCGGUACAGCAUAUACAAUAAGAAUGCCGAAGAGUCAAAAAAUGGUCACUACUUCAGCAAAGCUUUACUGACCGUGGUCAUUCCCUAUACAUUUUAUGCGAUUUAUGUUUCAACCAAAGCCAGUGAAGAAAUAAAUAAAAGAGAAGAGCUCAUAAAAGACUGCGAGAAUAAAGAUUUUAAUUCAACGUUGGUGAAAUAUUCUCCACUCGAGAUCCUCGGAAGAUUCGCCAACCCGUUCAAGGAAUAUCGAGUUUUAACUGCAUUUGAGUUUUUUGCCAACCGUGUGUUCGAGCUUUUCGAAAGAAAUAGAGGAGGGAUUCCAAUCGAUAGCGGCUCUAUGGAUCAGUUGAUGCCAAUACAUAAGCCAACCUGGACCAACGGUGAUAAAUUCGAAGGAGAAGAUGAGGCAAUUUCCACUCAAUUGGUUGAAAAUAGAAACGAAGUGAUAAAUAGCGGCACCCUUGCUAACGAAAAGCGUGUACACACCACUUGGCUCGGUCAAUCAUGUAAUUUCGUUAUCUACAAUGGCUUUAAAGUCCUCACAGAUCCUCUAUUCUCUGAUUUUCUAAUUCAUGAAACGCUGGGCCCGAAAAGAAUCACCCGCAUGCCAGCCCAGAUUGAAGAAGUACCCACCCCUGAUAUCAUUUUGGUGUCACAUAAUCAUCCUGACCAUUUGGAUUUUAAAAGUUUGGAGUACUGGGGUCUAGAUGGCAAGAAGCAACCUUUAUGGAUAGUUCCCAAAGGUCUAGGAGAGUUUAUGACAGAACAUAAGGUAGCCAACUUCAUAGAGCUUUCGUGGUGGGAAACCUUGAAAGUGAAUAAAAAUGGUUCCACGUACUAUAUCUCAUGCACACCGGCCAUGCAUUGGUCUGGUAGAUCGUUGAUAGAUACAAACAGGUCUCUAUGGUGCUCUUUCUUAUUGCAGCACGAGGCAAAUCCGAUUCUAUUCCACGCAGGUGAUACCGGCUACGUCUGGGAUCUCUUCAAAAGAAUCUCCAACCGCUAUGGUCAGGGUGUUAAACUUGCUUUACUUCCCUGUGGUCAAUAUUGUCCUGCAUGGCAUCAAAAACCUCGACAUAUAAAUCCUGAUGAAGUUUUGAAGAUCAAAGAUGAUCUCAAGGCCAGAAAUGUGCUUGGAGUCCAUUGGGGCACAUUUGUAUUGAGCGGUGAGUACUUCAGAGAGCCUAAAGAAAAGUUAGAAAUGCUAGCAGAAUGGACAGGAGUGCGUGACAAUUGUUACUGCCCUGAGCUAGGAAAGACCAUUACAAUAGAAUGA